AACCGCUGCGCCACCAGGGAAGCCCGGGUCACUUCUUUCAAUGCGGUUUUGCCGGAUCUCUGUGAGCGGUUUUGCGGGAUCUUUGUAAAUCUCUGUGAGGGUCUCUGGGUAGGGUCUGCAGAUAUCUGAGAGGACGGCCGUGGGUGUCUGGGCUUAUGAAGGUCUCUGUAGGGUUCCUAUGAGAUGUCUGUGGGGUGGUCAGUGGGGGCUGUGAGAAUCUGAUGGGCGCAUCUGGGCUCCGCCGUUGGGGAGAGAAAGGCGGGGACUCUGGUAGCUGGAGCUGGGGCGGAGUCUGUCGUUGAGCCCAGCAGGGCCAAGUUAGAGACCAAUAGAAUAGGGCCGGGGGCGGGCUUUAGCGAGAAGGACCAAUCGAGCUAAUCGGGGGGCGGAGCGUCAUACGACGUCAGGCUGAGGCCGCCGCCGCGGGGCCUGGUUAUCGUCCGUCCAGCGCAGCCCGGAGUCGCCCAGACCUGAACUCCUACCCAGGUCCCCGGCCUGGCCCCAGCAGGCUCGACCCCGGCCCCGGGCCCGCGAGGACACCGGAGGUCACCCCCCGGGGGUGGGAGCGGAGCCGCGGGUCAGCUCUGCGAGCGCCCGCGCUGGCCUGUCCGGCCCCGCCCCUGCCCCGGGCCAUGGCCCAGUCCUUGUCCCGGCCCCUUUUCCUAUCCAGAUUCGGGCCUUGGCCCCCGACCCCGCCCUCGCCCCGCUUUCCACAUAGGUUCCAGCUACGGCCUGGGUCCCAGCGCAUGCCCAGAUCCGGGUCCCAGCUCAGGCCGCCACUCCAGUCCCUGGCCUGGCCCCCAUCCCAGCGCCUGCCCCUGUUUCACCUCCUUUCCCAAAUCCCAGCCCAGCCCUUGUCCCAGACCCAUUCUCAAAAUUUGCUUAAGCCCGGGGCCCAACCCCUGCCCCUCCUCCGGUCCCCAUCACAGUCUCUUCUUCCAUCACAUCCCCUACCCUUGCAUAAGUCCCAGUGCCCAGCCCAGCCCAACUCUUUAUCCCAGUCUUUGCCCUCAUCUCUGUGUUUACCCAGGUCUCUCCCACUACCCAGCCCUCUCUUUCAUACCCUGCCCCUCUCCCAGCCUCGACUCAGGUCUGGGCUCCGGCUGCCGUCAGCCUUACUGCUACUGUUGCUGUUGUCUGUCCUUGGCCCAGGGGCUGGAGGCCUCUUCCUGACUGACUACUCCACCUGCUCACCCCGCAAGCUGAGUCCCUUCCGCUCCUUCGCCAGCACCGAGCUCUUCCACUUCCAUGUUCCCGAAGACACAUUCCUGGCCGUGUGGAACCUCAUCAUCUUCAAAGAGCAGGGGGGAACCUUUGGGGACCACUGCCCAGACCAAAGUGUGACUGUGUAUUUCCGUUCUGGGGCACCCCCUGUCAUCAAUCCCCUGCACACACACUUCCCAGGGGAUACGGCUGUGCCUGGGGUUUUCUCACUGACUCUCAGCUGGACACUGCCCAACCGCACCUCUGGCAUCUUUAACGUCAGCAGCCCCUUACCUGGGGACUGGUUCUUGGCUGCCCACCUGCCCCGGACCCACGGCCACAUCUCUGUCAAGGGUCUCCAGGAUGAGUGUCAGUACCUCCUUCAGCCGCAGCUGAUCGUCCGGCGUUUGUUGGACGUGGCUGUGCUGGUGCCUGGGCGACCCUCUGAGCAGACCCUCUCCCUCCACAAUCGCUCAGCCCUGUACAAGGUCUUUGUGCCCAGCUUCACUUACAGGGUUUCAGCGCAGCUGGUGUGCGUGGGGGGCCGCGGGGCAUCCGCCUGCCCCCUGACGCUGCGCCUACGUCCCAAGGCCCCACCCCUGCACAACUCAAGCUCUGUGGCCUGUGGAGGUGCCUCGGUAUGCCAGCUGGAGCUGGCACUGCCCCCGUGGGGGCACUGGGUCUACGUGCGUGUGGAGACACCAUCCCGGGGCCCUGACAGGACCGUCUGCUUCCAGCUGUGUGUGCGGUUGCAAGAGUGCCCACAGCCCAGCCUGUCCCGUGCCCUGGUCCCCGGAGCUGCCAUGAACAUGCCCCAGUCACUGGGCAACCAGCCACUGCCCCCAGAGCUGUCAUCCCUCGGGGCCCCUGCUGAGGGGCCCGGGGCCACAUCCCCACCUGAGCACUGCUGGCCAGUGCGCCCGACGCUGCGCAAUGAGCUGGACACCUUCUCCGUCCACUUCUACGUCUUCUUUGGCCCCAGCGUGGCCCUCCCCCCUGAACGCCCAGCUGUGUUUGCCCUGAGGCUGCUACCAGUGCUGGACAGCGGAGGCGUCCUCAGCCUGGAGCUCCAGCUCAACGUGAGCUCCCUGCGCCAGGAAAAUGUGACAGUGUUCGGAUGCCUGACUCACGAGGUGCCCUUGAGCCUGGGGGAUGCAGCAAUGACUUGUUCCAAAGAGUCCCUGGCCGGCUUCCUCCUCACGGUCAGUGCCACCUCCCGAGUGGCCAGGCUGCGAAUCCCGUUCCCGCAGACGGGGACCUGGUUCCUGACCCUGCGCUCCCUCUGUGGGGUGGGGCCUCGGUUCGUGAGGUGCCGGAACGCGACGGCCGAGGUGCGGUUGCGCACUUUCCUGUCCCCGUGCGUGGACGACUGCGGGCCCUACGGCCAGUGCAAGCUGCUGCGCACGCAUAACUACCUGUACGCGGCCUGCGAGUGCAAGGCCGGAUGGCGGGGAUGGGGCUGCACCGACAGUGCGGAUGCGCUCACCUACGGAUUCCAGCUUCUGUCCACGUUACUGCUCUGCCUGAGCAACCUCAUGUUUUUGCCCCCCGUGGUCCUGGCCAUUCGGAGCCGAUAUGUGCUGGAAGCGGCUGUCUACACCUUCACCAUGUUCUUCUCCACGUUCUACCAUGCCUGUGACCAGCCAGGCAUUGUGGUUUUCUGCAUCAUGGACUACGACGUGCUGCAGUUCUGUGACUUCCUGGGCUCUUUAAUGUCCGUGUGGGUCACUGUCAUUGCCAUGGCUCGCUUACAGCCUGUGGUCAAGCAGGUCAGUGCAGAGUGGGCCCUGGGGGACAACCAUAGCCACAGUCUACUUGAAAUCCACUUCCCGAUCUCUCCUGGGGGCAUUGCCAAGUGCCUCUCCAUCCCGGCCCAGCCCCUGGAGACCUCUUUCUCUAGGUGCUGUACUUGCUGGGGGCUAUGCUGCUGUCCAUGGCUCUGCAGCUUGACCGGCAUGGACUCUGGAACCUGCUUGGACCCAGUCUCUUUGCCCUGGGGAUCUUGGCCACAGCCUGGACAGUACGCAGCGUCCGCCGCCGGCACUGCUACCCGCCCACGUGGCGCCGCUGGCUUUUCUACCUGUGCCCAGGCAGCCUUAUCGCGGGCAGUGCCAUCCUGCUCUAUGCUUUUGUGGAGACUCGAGACAACUACUUCUACAUUCACAGCAUUUGGCAUAUGCUCAUCGCUGGCAGUGUGGGCUUCUUGCUGCCCCCUCGUGCCAAGACUGACCACCAGGUCCCAUCUGGAGCCCGGGCCCGGGGCUGCGGUUACCAGCUGUGCAUCAAUGAGCAGGAGGAGCUGGGCCUUGUGGGCCCGGGAGGGGCCACUGUCAGCAGCAUCUGUGCCAGCUGAGAGGGGCUUUGGGCUGCCCUUGGGGAACGUGAACUCUUCCCUGGGGCAGAGAGCCCUUCCUUGGGUUCUUCCUGGGAGCAUGGAGUCCUCCCAGGGAUAAGAGACAAGUUGUAUUUCUUGAGGACAUGGAGUCUUUCUUAAGGACACGGAACUCUUUCAGGGGCCUGGCACACUUCCCGAGGGCCUGGAGUCCUCCUGCAUCUUCAGGACUGGAGCUCGUGCAGGGCCAUAGAGCCCCCUCAGGACCAAGGAGCCCCUCCCAGGGGUGUGGAGCCCUUCCCAGGGUAUGGAACCCUCCUGAGGACAUGGAUUCCUUCCCUGGGAGACCAGGCCCUCUCAGGACAUGGUGUCGUUCCUAAGGAAACGGAGUCCACCCUGGGGAAGCUGAGUCUCCAGAUCUUCCCAGCAGCUCAGCAACUCUGGGCUCGGGCUUCCUUCCCAGAGGCAGGAUCUGGGCUGGGCUGUGCUGGGAGGGGGAUGCAGGACAGAUGGGGCUGGGACUGGGGCUGCGGUGGCUGGUAUCCUGAGUUGAUGCAGGUGGAGUCUGGUGUGUCUCCAAUGAAGUAUUUGCUGGUUCUGUGCUGCCUUUUUUUUUUCCUGAGGGAAACGGUGUGGGGAGGGGAGGGAAAGAGGGACCCUGAGACAAUCAACAGGGGUGACGGAGCCUAGCUGGCAUGAGCUGCUGGAGCUACUGUCUGAGGCUUUUGCCCCAUUGUGUCAGGCUGCAGCAGCCGGGAGUAGGGAGUUGUGUGAGUGUGUGUGUGUGUACUUGCUGAGAUGAUUUCAGUCAGUGAGACCUCCCUUGUGGUGCCCACACCCAAUAGGGAAGGAGGCUAAGGGCUCAGGAAAUUGGACUAGCAGGAACAAAUCUCAGAUGUGCAAGAAAUAUCACAAGAAUGUAACUUCUGUUUUGAGUCUCCAUUUUGCCCGAGUGCCAGAAACAUAAUCUUUUGUCAUUUGGGGAUUUUCUUCUCUUUCCACAAAGGUCACAGCUGAGUCCCGAGGGUCUUAUAUAAUGCCGAGAUACUGCAAGGGUGUUUUCCCUGGUCACCAGGGUCCAUGUGGCGCCCCUGAGAUUUCCAUCAUCCCACCUGGUCCCCAGGUAGCGGUACAAGCAGGCCUUCCCAGAGUGGUUUCUUGUCCCCAUCUGUGUAACCCUUUCAGUCCUGAGGCUCUACACCACUUCUGUGCCACAUGCAAAGACUUGUGAGACCUUGGCUACCCAGAAACACCUUGAAGCCAUUUCUACCCUGGGGUCCUGCUCUGCAUUUUACUUGACCAACAAUGCAUGAGUUGCUCCAGCUUUCACACCUGCAAACCUGUCCAGGGGCUUGGUCUGGGGAGUGGGGCUCAGGGCCCCUCCCUUUUGGGGCCCUCCUAUGCCAAUGCUCUCACUACAUCCCCUCCUCCUUGCUUUUUCCUCUCCCUAACUUAGGGAAUCUUUUAUUAAUCUGGAGGUGGGGACACCUAUUUUUCCUUACAUUUUUCUCCCAAAUCUUUUGUUUAUGCCUUAAGUCUUUUAUGUUCCCUUUAGAGCCUAGGCUUUUGAAACUCAGAUGCCAGGAAAACAUCUCUUUGUUCUCUGCUUUUUGCAAUCACAUCUCUUCCUUCGGGCACUGAGCAGAGUGAUGUGAGAAGGUCACAUCUCACAUCACAUUCACCAAUUGAAUGGUGAGAAGGAAGGAGAGGUGUGGGCUAGGUGUCUGUUCCUGUAUCAGAAAUAUUAUGCCACACAGAUCACUAGGACACAUGAGCCCAAAUAGCUGGGAUUCAGGACACAGUAGAGUACAGAAGGCACUGAAGAGGGAGACAGAGCUGAGACAGACCCCACCCAGCUAGGAGGGAUUAGAAGGGGUUUUCUGGAAGCCGGAUGGAGUGGAGGGCAUUGAGUGAGGAUUGAAUGAGUUUCCAUAAUGCCAGGAUGUUGGGAGAGUGUUCACUCUGGUCACCAGUGUCCAUAUCACAUUCCUCCCCUGAAAUUUCCAUCAUCCCAUCUGGUCCCCAAGCAGGAAAGCACUUAGAACACUUAGUAUAGUGCCUAGCCUGCUAUGUGGUAAGUCUCCAAUGUAUGUUAGCUAAAGGUCAGGUGUUUGGACAUGGGAGGCAACAGCAAGGGGGAGACACAGGAGCAGGAAAGACUGAUCUUUACUGGGGAACUGGGACUAGUUCAGGGCCUCUGGACCUGCAGGGUGUGUGUGUGUGGAGUUAGGGCGGAGGCAAGCAGCCAGUGAUGAGGCUGGGCAGGUACAUGGGGUCUGGCUUUUAUCCUAGGGAAAUGAGCAAUGGCCUCAUUGGAGGGAUUUAAGCAGGAGAGUAGCGGAUCAGAUUGUUUUGUUUUGUUUGCGUUGUCUUUUCAGAUAGGUGUUUUGACGGCUGGUGCAGAGGAUGGAUUUUGGAGAGGAUUUGGAGGCUGAAAGUGCAGCAAAACCGAUGUUGCACUAUUUGAGAGAGAGAUGGUGAAGGCGGUGUCAGUGGGAAGGAGGGGACUGAUCCGAGAGCUGUUACGAGGUGGAUUCUCUAGGACAUGGUGACUGCUUGGAUGUGUGGGG